AUGCUGCUCUCUAACGAGCUUCGUCAAUAUGUGAGUCUGUACAAUUACGUGACGUUGGAGGAGAGUGAGCUACCAAAACUGCGUCGCCAACUCCUCGGAGGCUGGAAAGCGCUUGGCGCCACUGGAAGAAUCUACUUGUCCCCAGAAGGAAUCAACGGGCAAUUAAUGCUGCCUCAGAGCAACGUGUCGGCGCUGGCUGUAUCGUUUCCUCGUAUUUUCACAAACAAGAACAUGUUUUGUGGACAAUUGCUGCCAGCGUUGACGAACACUGAGAACGAUCAACCAUUCUCGAAGUUAACGGUCAGGAUCCGAGAGCAGUUAGUGCACGAUGGCUUUACGAAGGGCAGACUAAAUUCCCAAGAAUCGGGUAACUCUUUGCCACCCGAUCGUUGGCACCAGAAGCUCAAACAGAGGAACGAGACGGACGAUUCGAACACACUUGUGCUGGACGUACGCAACUUCUACGAGCACGAGAUCGGACGCUUUGAUGGCGCCACAAGGAUCAUGGUUGAUACGUUCAGAGAUACAUUCGAUGCACUUGAUGAGAUCCUCGAGAGCCACAAGAAGGAGCACGACGGACAGAAACCCAAGGAGGUCAUGAUGUACUGUACCGGAGGUAUUCGCUGUGAGAAGGUUGGUGCGUAUCUGACGCAGUACAAGAACAUCUCGAACGUGCAGAAGCUCCACGGUGGCAUCGUGAACUACAUGCGGUUUCUGAAGGAGCAACGUCAAGCUGCAGUGGAGACACGUGGUCACUCGGAUGAUGCUGUGGAGAAGGAGAUUUCUCUGUUCAAGGGCAAGAAUUUCGUGUUCGACCAGCGAUGCGUUGGCGACUUGACGGAGUCGGAGGAGGUGACUGACGACAUACUAGGCCAGUGCUCUCAAUGCGGCGAGCUUUGCAACCACCACACCAACUGCAGCAAUGUCAUGUGUGGAGGUUUGAUCUUGCAAUGCCCUCACUGUGCAGCCAAUUUGUUCGGAGCUUGCAGUGAAGCUUGCAAGCAAGAAUAUAUUAAGAUGAACGCGAUGACUAUGAAGCAGCAAAAAGAAUACCGCAAACAGCAGGCAACACGAUGGAUGCCACCGGUUCCGAAUGCACUCUCCAAACACAUCAGAAAGCGAUCGCUAGCUUCACUAUCAAGAAAUCUACACACACGUUUUUACUUCAGUACUUCACGAGUUCUCAACAAGAGUAUCGACGACACCGAUCUUCAGAGCAAGUACGUCUACGAUCAAAGUACUGCUCUCCGUGAUGACGCAUUGCUUCAAAAGCUGCGUAAAGAGACUACACAGACCUGGCCCAAGGCGGAGCAACUCAUCGAUGAGAUGCAAGGCAAACUUCUCUCCUUCCUAGUGGAAUCCACUGGGGCACAGCGUGUCCUGGAGAUUGGCUGCUUCACUGGUUACUCGGCUCUAUGUAUCGCUAGCGGUUUGGGCCCCGACGGAUCACUUGUAACCUGCGAUGUCGAUGCUGCGACUAUGCAAUUUGCGCAGAGUUUCUUUGACCAGAGCUCGCAUGCCAGUCAAAUCACCGCUGUGAACCAAGACGGUCUGGAAUAUCUGAGCUCUUUACGGGAUCACGAGCAGCUCGACUUUAUCUUCGUGGACGCCAACAAGCGCAAGUAUCGUGCAUACUACGAUUUUAUCCUCAAGCACAAUCUGUUGCAUCCGAGAGGGCUGUUAGUCUUUGACAACACCCUGUUUCGAGGUCGCGUCGCAGCCUACGCCGGCGGAUUGUCAAGCAACAAGGAGCAAAUCGCACGUAGCCUGGCCGAGUUCAACAGUUACGUGGCUAAAGACCCGCGAACAUCGCAGGUGGUAAUGCCGCUCUGGGACGGACUCACUCUGGUCCGUUUAAAGUGGUAACGGCCUGAAAAUUAAAACUUCCUCACCGAAAGGAGACGUUGCAUUCGAUUGUGGGAUAAGCGAGCAAUAGAUUUAUAUUUUACAGCGUCAAUGGCUUAUAGGUGUUGCCUCGUCGGAUAGCCUCGCUUCAUAGUGGUUGUAAGCUCUAAGGCUCUUUUAGUCGGCUUGUUCUCCUCUGCGCAAAGACCCACGUGUAAGUAGGAUGGAUUCGUCUCCCAUUGCGAGCAUGUGGCGAGCGCGGACGCUAGUUUCUUCAGCGACGCUGCUGGAGACGGUGAGCGCGAGGGUGGCGACGGCGAGACAGCGGAAGAGCUUCAUUCAGAAGAAGAG